AUGCGUCUCCAGUUAUUCAAGUCCGGCUCGCUGGAGAGCGAGGCCUGUGCUCUCCAUAUAAUCGUCAUCCCAGCCCUCGGACUAAGCCGCGCGUUCGACUGGAAGCAUCCCUCAGACCCUCCUAGCUCCUCAUGGCUUCAAAAGCUCGUUGAGGACAUCGUGCCCGACACCGUUGCCUGGGAGCAUGUCUACAGCCAGGACCGGCCGACCUCACUCGCGAGUGGGAUUGCAGCCGAAGCGGAUAUUCUGCUUCGUACCAUCUUCGAUCUUUACGCACGUGUUAACUCUGAAGGCACUUCAAACCACCGCUCGUCUUCAUCUGCCACGGAACAGGCGGCUUCGUGUUGGAAAAAGGCCUUGCACAUUUGCCAACAGCCAUUCUCCGAGUAUCGCCCCGUCAUCGAGCUUGUGUCUGGGGCAAUCUUUCUGGGCUCACCCCAUCUCGUUGGCGACAAACAACAAGCCAAACUGGUGACCGACCUUCUGCUCAGGGGCCAAUACAACGGUGAUUGCACUGGGUCCGAGUCGGAUGAUACUGAUGUCGAAAGCGUCUUGGAGAUUUGCAAGAGCUUUGAGCGUCUCAACCUUGCGGUAUGUCUCGUUUCAGUGGUCGAGAGUGAGGAUACCUCAGGCAUAGGUACCCUCAAAGCGAGUCAUGAAACCGUUGUUGGAAGCGAUGCAGAUCACCUCGACAUCUGCAAGGUCUCGGUCAACUCCAAAGCCUACCAGGUGGUCGAAAAGUUCUUUGAGGAGGUCAUGCGCGAUGCGCCGCGUAGACUUGCCGAAGCGAGACAGCCCGGUGAGCCUCUCUUAGAGGAAAAGACCAGGGACCCAACUCUCCCGUGCUUCUCGCUUGGCACACGCCAGAGACUGAACCAAUGUUUUGGACAACAAGUUACUCUCAUGCAGAUGGACGAUGUUCUCCUCCCCCAAGAGCCGUCAGGAUUGGAUCUGAAGGAGACUACGGAUGGCCCGCUGCGCUCCUUUGCUAUUUGCGGCCUGGGUGGCAUUGGAAAAACCGAACUGGUGACUGAGUACGCUUACUCGCGCAAAGACAAGUUUGAUGCAGUCUUCUGGCUCGGUGCGGAUGAUGCCAAUCUCCUGGCAUCAAACUUUGCACAGAUCGCGCAGAAGUUGGGACUGGAAGAUGACGUGUCGGACUCGACCGCAGCCAGGGAUAUCGUCAUGGCAUGGCUCUCACGGCCGCUGAGGAAAGCCUCAGAGCCAGAUACGCCUGAGAACUCGAUUAACUGGCUCCUGAUUUUUGACAACGUCGAUAAUCUCGAUGUACUUUCCGACUACUGGCCCAAGUUUGGCCGCGGUGCAGUGCUCAUCACAAGCCGCGACCCGUUUGUCAAGCACAACCUUGGCGUGGGGCAUAGCAUCAACCUGCCCAAACUGACAGAGCGCGAGACCGAAGCCAUGAUGCAGCGCUUGACGCACGUCAAGGCCGACCAGGCCAACCAGAAUGCGCUCUCGACCAUCGCAGACGCACUCGAUGGGUUCCCUCUAGCUAUCAACCAGAUAUCCGGGGUGUUUCGACAACUGGGACUGUCCUACGUCGACUUCCUCAAAUACUAUCAGGAGGAAGCCGACAACGCCUCCGCCAUCCGCUCACUCGCCACUGUCUGGGCAUUGGACCGCUUGUCCCCAGGAACCAAAGCCCUCCUCCAAGUCAUCUGCCUGCUCGACCCGGACGAGAUCUCCGAAGAACUACUCAUCGAUAAGACCGCCGCCGUCAAAAUUCCCAAUUACCCUACUACCCGGGAUGAGUACUACAAGGCCCAGUCCGAACUAAUCUCCCCCUCUCUGAUCAAUCACUGGGAGCAGCAAGAUAUUACCCCGGACAGCUUCCACAGCACCAACAAGAUCUCCCUGCACCGCCUGAUCCAAGACACCGCCAAAGCCCGCAUGACUCCCGACGAGCUCGUUGCGGCCUUCCACGCAGCGGGCGCGCUCAUAAUUGCCUCCUGGCCUUUCCAGAACAUGAAGGACCAUCACUCGGUCGCGCGGUUCACCGCCUGUAAGGCUCUCUUCCCCAGCGUGCUACGGCUCAAGAAUGGGCUUGAGCCGUUGGUGCAGGGGUCUGACGAUUUCCCGUUGGAUAUCAGCUGGGCGAGAUUGUUCAAUCAUGCAGGGUGGUACAUGUUCGAGCGUGGAUUGAUGGAGAAGGCGAAGCCAUUCUUCAACUUGGGGCUCUUGAUUGGGGAGCGCUUGGCGUUGAGGGGUGGGGAGCUCAAGGAGGCUGCCGUGGAUUCGGUGCGGGAGAGCCAUUCGUUCAUAGGGAUUGUGCUUGCCGAGACGAACGAGCAUGCCCUCAGCAUGGCGUGUAAGAAGAAAUGGUUGGCCAUGCUGGAGGAGCGGAGGUCUCCAGAGGGGGGUCCAGUUGAGAACUAUGAGCUUGGGUACGCGUACAAUGAGAUUGGUGUGGCGUAUGGAAACAAUGGUAUGCUGGAGGAGGCGGCCGAUGCGUUUCGGCGGUCGAUGAGGAUUUUCCAGGGGCUGGAUGAUUAUGAGGAUACCAUGCUGGGGUGGCCCCAGCCGAACUUGGGGUUUAUCUACUGGAUGCAAGGAGAGUUGCCGGAGGCUGAGAAGGUUCUCAUGGAGAUCUUGGACAUACAUGCCACUGCGUGGGGUGUCGACGAUACCAAGUCUUUCAAGACCGGUAAAAUUCUCUACGGCAUCGGGAACGUGCUAGAAGCCCAGGGACGGUUUUCAAAAGCAUUCAAUUUCCAUGGUCGGUGCCUGUGGCAGUUCAAACAGGUGCUUGGGGCUUAUCAUCCUCGGGUGGGCGACAUUUCUCACCGAAUGGCCGGCCAUUACAUCCGUCAGCAGCUGUAA